AUGCGCCCGCGGCAGCAGCCGCGGCGCGGCCGCGGCGUGGGCACCCUUGCGGCGGCUGCCGGCGGGCCCUCCGAUGUGAUGGUGCUGGAUUUCGACGGCGUCAUCUGCGACAGCGAGCGGGAGGUGUCCACCAGCGGCUACGAGGCCUGCCAGCAGUACUGGCCACAGCUGUUUGGUGCAGUGGGCGACGCCGAGCUGCAGCGCAUCAUGGCAGGGCUGCGCCGCGUGCGGCCUCGCCUGAUCAAGGGCUACGAGGCCCUGGUGAUGGCCCGCCUGAUCCUGGAAGACGAAAGCAACGUGCAGCUCAUACUGGACGACUGGGAGCCGCUGCUGGCGGCCACGGUGCGGCGGUGGGGCGAGAGCCACGAGGCGCUGGCGGCGGCGUUUGAGGGCCACCGCAGCGCGCAGAUGCGGGGCAACGCCGACCGCUGGCUGUCGCUCAACCCGCUGUACCCGGGCGUCGGCGAGGCGCUGGCGGAGUGCCCCUACCCUUUCUACGUGGCCUCCAGCAAGGCAGUCGGCCGGCUGGUGACGCUGCUGCGGGCCAGCCUGGGCAUGGAAGUGGAUCAGCAGUCGCCGCGCCUCUUCGCCUCCCUCAUCCCCCCCAACGAGAAAAAGAUCGAGGCGCUCAGGGCCAUCAUGGAGCGGCCGGUGGCAGCCAACGGCGCCACCCUGCACUUUGUGGACGACCGCUACGAGACGAUGCAUGCCAUCGCGGAGCAGGCGCCAGACCUGCUGGCCAGGUGGCGCCUCUACCUGGCAGACUGGGGCUACAACACAGCGGAGGAGCGGCAGGCGGCGGCGCAGCUGCCUGGCGUGCAGCUCCUGAGCCGUCCCCAGUUCUGCGAGCUGCUCAGGUGGGGUGUGGUGAUGGGGGUGGAUGAUGGCUGCGAGCCGACGGUGGAGGAGGUGGCGGAAGGCGUCAAGGGGUGA